AUGAACUUCUCUGGAAAGUAUGAACUCCAGUCCCAGGAAAAUUUUGAGCCCUUUAUGAAAGCCAUUGGGCUCCCCGAUGACCAGAUCCAGAAGGGCAAAGACAUCAAGAGCAUCUCGGAAAUCGUGCAGGAUGGGAAAAAGUUCAAGAUUACAGUGACCACUGGCUCCAAAGUGGUGCACAGCGAGUUCACCAUUGGGGAGGAGUCUGAACUAGAGAUGCUGACGGGAGAGAAAGUCAAGACUGUUGUGCAGUUGGAGGGUAACAAGCUGAUCACAAACCUGAAAGGGCUGAAAUCUGUCACCGAACUCAACGGAGACACCAUCACCCAUACCAUGACCAUGGGAGACCUCACCUACAAGAGAGUCAGCAAGAGAAUCUAG